CCUUACAUGUGUGCCAAAUUGACACAUGUGAACGGAGCGUAGCAAAAAACUGCACUUCUCAUUUCCCGCUAAUUACUUACCCUGCAUCUAUUAUAAAUGCAUAAAGCUCUCUAACGAAUCCAACACCAAUAACAUCCAACUCUUCUAUCACUCUUCUUGAGGAAGAAGAAGAUGAAGAUGAGUUAUUCUAGUUCUCUCUUCGCUCUCCACUUCUCAGUUCUACUACAAUUUUGCACCCACAGAGCCAUGGGUUGGGGGCCCACCGAUCCGACGGACGGGUUUGUCUCUCUUCCUCUCAACAGCUCAAGCUUCCUCAUUCUAAAACCCUAUGACUUGCUCGUAAGCGAUCGUUAUAGCUUCAUCGAUGGUGUCCACAGGCUUUGGGUUUUCGCCACAGACAAGCCUCAUGCCCUCACAAGCAUCACUGCUCCUCGUACUGAGAUUCGAGUACCCGGUAAUUAUUCUUCUGGAGUCUGGCAAUUUGAAGGGUAUGGCUUUGUGCCGAACGGGACAUCGGGUGUAUGCAUCAUGCAGAUCUUUGGUGCAAGCACCCAUGCCACGACUGCGAUGGUGAGGGUGUACAAUGGUUCUCUCACAUACUACCGGAGUCCGGUUCUUGUCCCUUACAUCUACGAUAGAUGGUUCCGCCUAAAUGUCAUCCAUGAUGUAGGCAGGAAAAAAGUUAGCAUUUUCAUUGAUGGGGUUCUAAAGUUAACAGUGGAUGAUCAUGGAGCGGCCUCUCAUAACUUCCAUUGUGGUGUUUAUGCACAGAAUGACAGAUCCUACUACAUGGAGUCUCGUUGGAAGGAUAUCAAGGUCCUGAAAAAGAUGUGAGUAACAUGCAAGCUUGUGACCUUAUGUAUUAUGGUGUGCUUAGGAAUGUAAGUUUGGUCUGUCUUGUCUUA